AGCCCUUCUUCACACACUCACAACAACCAAUCAUAGUUAAAUAAAAAAAAGCAGUCAUGGCAUUUUCAUCUUCCUGUUCGUCCGUCAAAGCCGUCAACUCACGGUGGACGUUUCCGUCUCCGUCACCGUCUUCUAGAUUCGCCGUCAUCCCUGCUUUCCUCCACCGCCGUUACGCAACAAGCGUCAAACUAACGGCCACAAGCGCCGCCUUAAAAACCGUCGAGCAAACGACGUUAACAGAGAAUAACAAAUUCUCCACCGUCGGAUCUGAUUCUGAUGAAUACAAUCCAACGCUUCCAAAGCCGAGGAUCCUCGUCGCCGAGAAACUCGGAGAAGCCGGCGUAAAUCUCCUCAGGGAAUUCGGUGACGUUGACUGCUCUUACGAUCUUUCACCAGAGGAUCUGAAGAAGAAAGUGGCGGAGAGUGACGCUCUGAUCGUGAGAAGCGGAACAAAAGUGACGAGGGAAGUGUUUGAGGCGGCGAAGGGGCGGUUGAAAGUGGUCGGAAGAGCCGGAGUUGGAAUUGACAAUGUUGAUCUGCAGGCGGCGACGGAGCAUGGCUGUUUGGUGGUUAAUGCUCCGACGGCUAAUACGGUUGCUGCUGCCGAACACGGUAUUGCUUUGCUUGCUUCUAUGGCACGUAACGUUGCUCAGGCCGACGCUUCUAUUAAAGCCGGAAAAUGGGAGAGGAGCAAGUACGUCGGCGUAUCUCUCGUCGGAAAAACCUUAGCCGUGAUGGGUUUCGGGAAAGUCGGGACGGAGGUGGCGAGAAGAGCCAAGGGUCUAGGCAUGAACGUUAUCUCCCACGACCCUUACGCGCCAGCUGAUAGAGCCAGAGCUCUCGGUGUCGAUCUUGUCUCCUUUGAUCAAGCAAUCUCCACCGCCGACUUCGUUUCCCUUCACAUGCCUUUAACUCCGGCCACAAAAAAGGUCUUCAACGACGAAACCUUCUCGAAGAUGAAGAAAGGUGUUCGUCUCAUUAAUGUCGCUAGAGGUGGUGUCAUCGAUGAGGAUGCACUCGUUAGAGCUCUUGAUGCCGGAAUCGUUGCUCAGGCAGCAUUAGAUGUGUUCUGUGAGGAACCACCAUCGAAAGACAGCAAAUUGAUUCAGCAUGAAAAUGUUACUGUGACACCUCAUCUUGGAGCUAGCACAAAAGAAGCUCAGGAAGGUGUAGCCAUCGAGAUAGCAGAGGCUGUAGUAGGGGCAUUAAGAGGCGAGCUAUCAGCUACUGCGGUCAAUGCUCCAAUGGUUGAUCCUGAGGUUUUAUCUGAGUUGACUCCAUACAUUGUUUUAGCUGAGAAGCUAGGGAGGUUAGCUGUCCAAUUAGCAUCUGGAGGUAAAGGAGUACAGUCCAUUAGGGUGGUGUAUCGGUCAGCUCGGAACCGAGAUGAUUUGGAUACUAGACUACUUCGUGCAAUGAUCACAAAGGGAAUCAUUGAACCGAUCUCAGAUUCAUAUGUCAAUUUGGUGAAUGCUGAUUUCAUAGCUAAACAAAAGGGUCUUCGUAUUAGUGAGGAACGAAUGGUUGUUGAUUCAUCACCAGAGUACCCUGUUGAUUCUAUCCAAGUUCAGAUUUUGAAUGUGGAAUCGAACUUCGCUGGUGCUCUCUCUGAUUCUGGUGAUAUAAGUAUCGAAGGGAAAGUGAAAUAUGGAGUUCCGCAUUUAACUUGUGUCGGAUCAUUUGGUGUGGAUGUGAGCCUUGAAGGGAAUCUGAUACUGUGCAGGCAAGUGGAUCAACCAGGGAUGAUUGGACAGGUUGGUCACAUACUUGGGGAACAAAACGUGAAUGUGAAUUUCAUGAGUGUUGGAAGAACAGUUUUGAGGAAACAAGCGAUCAUGGCUAUUGGAGUUGAUGAAGAACCAGACAACAAAACACUUGAGAGGAUUGGGGGUGUUUCUGCGAUUGAAGAGUUUGUGUUUCUGAAACUAUAAAGUUUGAGAUGGAGUUGCGUUGUGGUGUAUGAAGAAUAAAACUGUGACCCGGAUUAAGGUGUUUUAUCCAGUGGUUGUUAAGCUGUAGAGAAUCUGUGGCAUUGUGAGUGAGUGUGAGUCUCUUGGUACUAUUACAAUGUUCUUGUUUUGCUUUCUUAUGGUAGUAUGUAAUGCUUUUGGUUAAUGUCAUGUUUCUCUUGUUUCUUGAUGUCCAAGAAAUGUGUUUUUAGGGC